AUGAAGUUCAACGCCCUCUUGACCCUGUCAGCUCUGCUGGCUACUGCCUGCGCUCAAGGCCUGGGUGAUCUGCCAGACUGCUCAAAAACCUGUGCCACUGGUGCCAUCCCCAAAAACUGUGGCAUUGAUAUCAAGUGCAUCUGCGAAGCCAAGUCCUUCUUGAGCGAUGUCUCUUGCUGUGUGGCCGACAAGUGUUCCAAGGCAGACCAGGACACAACCCUGAAGGUCGCAAGGUCCCUCUGUGCCCGCGGUGGAGUAACCGAUCUCCCCACCUCAGUGACCUGCUCCACCGAUGCAGGCUCAUCGUCUACAUCCUCUGGCUCUAGCUCAGCCGAGACAGGGACCAAGACUGGAAGUGAGGCCUCGUCUACUACCCAGACGGGCUCAACCACCACCGGCAGCACCUCAGCCACGGACAGCGCUUCAACCUCGGCCUCCACUUCGUCGUCGGCCGCCGCAUCGACUGGUACCAAUGCUGCUGUCAUCACCCACCAGGACUCUUCUCUGAUAGCAGCUGCCGGAGCCGCUGCCGCACUUGCAAUGCUCAUCUAA